AUGAAACGUUCAGCACAAGAAUCGUGGUCCAAGGCCAGGUCGGAUGAAUUAACCGACAAGGAUCCGCGAUCCCGACUCAUGGGUGAAGGAGCCAGGAACAUAACAUGGCUGUCCACUCGGCAAGAGGGCAACCGAGGGCAGAAAGUUCAAUACAAUGAGAAAGAUUUAAGGACACAACUAGAGAAUAUGAAGAAGGAAAUGAAACGGCUGGAGGCAAAAUGUUUUAAACUUUCGAACAAAAAUAGAGGGAGUGUGACCAAACUUCGGGAAAUUACAACUAUAAAUCUGGAUCUAGAAACUCAGUUAAAAAUCAUGGAACGAAGUCAUGCAGAACGUACAAGUUCUCUAUUGUCUGAAACGGCGCGGAGGCGCGAGCUGUCUGACGAAGUGACAACACUGAAAGAGUACAAAGAGCGAGCACUGGACGCAGAAAAACUGGUGAAAGAGCUUAUGGACAACAACCAAAAAUUGAAAAUACACCUGGAGACAUCUCAGCAAAAAGCAGCAGCAUAUAAAAAUGAAUCAGAGGUCCAUAAAGCCGACUCUAAAAAGCAGUUCGAUCUGGUGAGAAGUAGAGAUCACAUGAUUUGCAGUCUUAAGGUCGCAUUGGAUGCAAAACAAAAGCAAAUCGAUGCUCAGAAGGAGGAGCUCAAGAGACAACGGCGAGUUGCACAACAGACAGAACUGGAGGCCAAAAGAAAUCGCCAGAAUGAAGAAGCAUCAAUGAAGCGGAUAAGGCACAAAGACAAAGAAAAUCUGAGCCUACGAGCAGAAAUCAGGACAUUGACCAAGGCUUUGGGUGAUUCUGAGAGGAAGUUGUCAAAACAAGAUUCGAAACAGCACAUCCUCCAGGAGAAAAUUGAAAAUGCUCAGACGGAAAAUGCAUUCUUGCAGAAAAAAACCCAAACACUGGAAUCUUCUACAAUGAAUCUUGAUAGAGAGGUUAUUGAAACCCAGACACUCCUCCAAAAAUCCCAGAAAGAGAAUCAGCAGCUUAAGAAUCAAUUGGAGAAGGUCAAGAUAAGGCUGGCUGAAACGAUUCAGAAUAGCAUUGAGAAUAAGACCAAAUUUGAAAAAGACCUCCUGCGUAUAAAGGAGGAUUAUAUGAAACUGAAGAUGGAGAGAGAAGACGUUCUGACAAAAAACAGAAGAGCCACAGAAGCACUAUACUGUAAUGACAGAAAAAUUGGAAUACAGACUGACAUCAUUCGCGAGCAGGAAUGUAGGAUUAUAGAACUAUGUAAGGAAGUUCUGAGACUCAAUGAGAAUGCGCAGAAAUUUAAAAUGGUUAAAGAAACUUACUCUAAGGUGGAAAAGUUAGGGCUUGAUGAAGAGACAGGAGAUCUUAUAAUUCUCCCUGAGGACAACAAAAAACUGGAAAAACUCAGAAUGUAUCGCAUUGAGAACCACAGAUUGUCCAAACAACUGGAAGAGAAAGAGUCAGAAAUUAAGGAUCUCAAGCUUGAGGAGGAGAAACUGCUCCAUGUGGUGAAGAAUCUCAGGUCUAAGUUAGACCGACUGCCGGAAGACGCAAUGGAUAAAGUGCAGGAGAGUCAGACCAACGUUAGAGAACUCAAAAGACAGAUACAAGUCCAAGAAGCAGAGAUAAGUGUAUAUGUAAAAAAAAUACAAAUGCUAGAAAUCGACAUCAAAAAGUUGAAAAAUAAGCCUGCAGAUAUAUCAUUUUCAAAGAAAGAUACAUUUCUGCCCAUUCCAUUAAAAAAUAUCAAACUGAAAUCUGAGGACACAAAGCCAAAAACUACGAAGAAACCCCUCAACAUUGUCUAUCUACCGCCUCUUCAAAUCAGUUCAUAUGGAAAGGCAAAAAAUUCAGAUUACCCAUCCUUCCUGGAGUUCUUGGACGUGGUACUGGAGAGUGCCACUCCUGGGGACUCCCUUGUUCUGCUGGGAGCACUUCAACGCUCACAUGGGCAAAGACAGGUGGCUGGGCUCUCCCUUAGAGAUAAGGGGAGAAGCUUGGUCAUCCAGGAUGAACUCAGAUGUGGAGGAGCCUCUGCUCCUCCACAUCGAGAUGAGCCAGUUGAGACUCAGGCAUCAGGAGGAUGCCUGAGUCUCCUGGAUGCCUCCCUGGUGAGGCGUGUCGGGUAA